CCGUCGUCGAGGUUUCUUGCGUGUGUUGUUCGUUUGGUGUAUUACCUACCUACGGGGCAAAUUUCGAUGAACCUUCUUUUUUUGGGAAUCUCUCGUGAAGGGUUAAAAAAAAGUGUGCGUUCAGGUUUACGUGUGUGUCAAUUUAAGGUAGUUUUUAUGCCAAAUACGAUUGUUUAUAUUCUGUGAAUUUUCUGGUGAAAACAUUAGGCCGACAUUAAGUGUGGAAUUCACGGUGAAUAGGAGUUGUGCGCGGUUUGGUGGAGUGUUUGCUGGAGAAGUUGAUCGUGAGAAAGUUUUGCUGCAAAAGUGUGUUGUUGAACAGUGAUUUUAAUCGAUUGGGAUUAGUAAUACACAUCCACAGGCGGCCGACCUUGUUGAUACAGCGUAUGUCGAACAGAGCUCCCAGGUGGCGUCCAAGUGAGUGAACAGUUACGAACCACAAAAUUCAACAUCAGAACAAGUCCUACGCAUUUCCGCAAUUCCGGCGUUCGUCUGGAGGGCAAAUUAACUGGAGGUACCUCCUAGUUCGGAAAACCGCGACCGCCGCGAAGAAGUCAUCGAAAUAGAGCGAUUGCUCGAACAGAUCGGCGACGCAAGGCAAUUCGUCGACUGGAAUCACGCGAAAAAAAAAGUUUUAAACCGGUGCGAUAAGUUUUGACCAAAAGUGGUCUCCAUCCCUGCUGCUGCGCUGUUGUUGUCCCAAAACGGUGCCGGGGCCAAAAAGAUAGCAUCAAUAAUAAAUGAAAUAAGAAUAAUAACGUUCCGGCGAGAGGCAGAAGAAACGUGCAGUGCAAGAGGAAACGCGAAAAACGCUGUUAAGUGUGGAAUUUUGGACGGUGUUUUGGGCUGUUGUUGUUGUUAUUGCUGCUGCUGUUGAUGCUUUUGAUAUUGUUGUGUUUGCUGCUAGUGAAGGUUGAAAUUUGCGCGGCUCGGUUGUUUAAAUAUUUUUGACAGCGUGUUUUUUUUUCUGCUUGUGUUGUUGGCCCGCUUACCGAGAACGUGUUUUGUGUCGUCGUGGCAUUUCUCUACCGGAACGUGUUAAUUUUUUGGUCCGUUUAAGGCGAUUGCCGUACUGAGCUGCUGUUGCUGAGACAUUAAAAAAAUCAACAUUAACACAGGUCUGACGUGAUGCUCUGAAUUUUUUAGUUAAGUUAUGAUAACUCUUAUUUCGCUCGGUUGCUCCUAAAUGGAUUAACGCCGCUGCUACUACUUAUUCGGUACACCGACCGCGGCACUUACUGUGGCAGUCCACCUCCCGUGCGAAAGAUACCAACUGUUCGACUCUGCAGAAAAACUAUGAUCCACCAUCAAACCAAAAUCACCUCCCAGCUAUAAUCGAUCGAGGUCGGCUGAUCGACCUGCGUCCGGGUCGACUACACUCUCCAGGGGUAACACGAUAAUCGAAACACCCUGCAAGCCCAAUUCCGCUGGACGGAACAGGAGGCAUCGGCGGGGAGAAAGCAAGGUUCCGCUAGUUUCACACCACCGACCGGCGAAGGAGGGUUACCGAAGUCAUAAACUGUUUCGUCUUAAUGUCUCGUGCUGCCACCGUCCAUCCGAUGGUGGUCGAAUUGCUUCUGCUGACUGCGCACUGAUACCCAUUAAGCGUCAAACUAUGUGAGUACGACUCUAGCAGCAAUCUGACCAAUCCCAAAGAACAUACAUCUUAUGCCCGCUCUGAGUGAUCCACUAGCAAAAUGAACGGCCUUUCCACCUUGAAUCGAUUACUUGGCAAACGAAACAAAGAUGUUUCCAAAUCCACCUCGAACCUCAGCCGGUCGACGACCAAUCUGGACAGCACUAGUCAGUACAACAAAAUUGUCCCGCUGGCCGCCAUGACCAACGCUCCGUUCGAACAAACCUUUCGGAUAACGGUCCUGCUACCGCGGGAUCAACUGUACGUGGCACGAAUUGGGGCCAAAACCCGCUUGUCUACCCUGAUGGACAUGGUUUGCAGUGAUAAGCAGCUGGACGCGCAAAAGUAUCUAUUCCGUCAUCCGGCCGACUUUCACCAGGGAUUCGAGCUGGACCUCACUAUCGGCGAGGUUGGACUGAACGAAAUCCGAUUGAUGUCCCGUGGGGAGCUGGAAAAUAUGCAAACCAAUGAGUACCGAUUAAGCACGAGUGACAUCUUCCGGCUGCAUCAGAAAAACCUUCGGGAGAAUUCAGUAUCCUCGUCCGAUUUAGGUCGAACCUCGAAGGUAGCGUUGAAAACGACUAGUCCCUACAGCUCUUCUAAUUCACUAAACUCAAUGGAUUCCUCGGGGCUGAGCUCCAGCUCUCGUGGAGGCGUCAAUGGAAACCAGCACCACGCACCAGUAGCUCCUGCGAGGAAGAAACGAAUCGCACCUAGGCCUCCUAGUCAAAACUCAAUUCCCGAAAAGGGUCCCCUGGAAACGGUUAGAGACGAUUCUAUCUUCAAGGAACCGCAGCUGCCUCCCUACUCCAAGAAAAAUUUUCACGUCUCUUCCCCCAAUCUCUAUAGCAAAGAGCUGAAAACCACUGACUCCUUUAAUAACAACAAUAACAACAACAACAAUAACCAAUCCAGCGAUUAUAACGGUAACGGUCAUCACACGCCAGAAAGCGUCGAGGAAAUAAACAACAUCAUCAACACCAAAACCUCGUACAGUACACUGAAAAACCGUCCCACGUCAAUGUACAUCAUCCGGGAGCCCCCGGAAACCAUUAAUCAUCAACCGCCGAACGGCAAUUUGCAGCGCAGUUCACUAAAUGGCACAGCCGGCAGCCUGGUGGAUAUCGUAAAUCACUCUCGCACUUCAUCCAACUCGUCCGAAGUAGUCAAGGACCCUCGGGAUUUUCAGGAAGGUCCAAAGCAGCCUCCGGAACCCAGAAAGCGCCUUGAUUCGAAUGCGAAAAAACCUAAAGCGCCAGCUCCGCCACCGCGAGGUGUGUCACUAGGCACUAAAUUAACGACGGAACCGAAAAUUGUCCCAACGCCUUCACCCAGGGCGCCGGUCCGGUCUACAAUGGCAUCCGAUAGCGACACCAUUAUAUCGGAAACCGACUCCAACCGUAGCGAAGCCGAUGAAUUACAGCGGAACAAAGAAACUGUAAACAAGUUGAACGCCGUCAACAGCACACACCAGCACAGGGCAGCUACCGCUGCUGUCCAGCCACAAAAUGUAACAAAAGUAAUGCUAAACGUUGAUCAAACAGCAGAUAUCCAACCGGCGGAGUUGUCCUCUCCAAGCACACCCAAAGCUUCGACAACCAGUGGAGCUUCCUUGGUGUCGAUAACAAUCGUGAAAGAGGAAGCACCCCCCACUACGGCAAACGGACACCACCCUGCGCCUGCCCAGUAUAAACCGGCAGUCGCUCCACCGAUCGUUUCUACCGUCCACAUUGUUUCCGCCGCAACUAAUGGCGAGCAAAAAGCGGGGCCCGAGGCCGAUCGACGACUUUCUAACGGUGAUAACAGUUCGGAGGAAGACAUUAAAAUCUACAACAUUGAAUCCGGUCAGGAGUUGCGCAUUCCGGAGGGUAAAUCCAAUCGUUCACCGAGCCCCGCAGAAGAGUGGACCUACACUCUACCGGCUCCGCCGAAAUUCGCCGAUUCGUCUAUCAAAUCCGGCGAGUACGAUGAGAAGCAACGUUAUUUCGAUCUGCAAUCGACCUACGUUGAGAACACUACCGUAAUGACGGACCAGCUGACGAUUGGUUCCGAUGAUACGGAGGAGAUUCGACCGAUUAUUCGUGAGAAAAUCCUGAUAGACGAGAGUGGGUUGGCUUCCAUGGAAACACUGGAAGAGCAUUCAUUGUCCACGAUGACGCCAAACGAGAGUGAGGACGGCACCGGCAGUAGAAUUCUAACGCCUGGUUUGAUCCCGUCCGACAUCGAGGAUAGCUACCGGGAUGGCAGUGAGUUGCGCGAAUCGAUGAUCCAAACGUUGGAAAAGCGCAAAGAAAAGUUGAAACAAAGCGAGCUGCAGGAUUUGAAGGACUCCAUCGAGGGGAGUGGUGUAUUGCAGCCAAAGGAGCAACCGCAGGAGUGCAACGAGAGUGAUAUUAUGAAAUGUGCCAAAUUGAACGAGGAAACGGUAGUCGAUGAUUUUGCGGUCGUUGUCAAACGGAACCAGGUAAAACCCACGCAGGCUGUGGCGCUUGCUGAAACGGAACCGAUUGCACCGAAGGAGAAUGAAGAACUGGUGGUGGUGAAACGAAAGACCGAAGUCAUUAGCGAGCUGAGUCAUGUCAUCAAAGACGAGAAUGGGCUUAAGGAAGUAUUGACUGGUGGGAAGAAAAUCGAGGAGGAGGAAAUUCCCGGUGCUAAUAGGAGCAGUUUGAGUACGUUUAAAAUAAGCACCUACAACAAUGUCGGCGAAGUCAGGGAAGUUUUGAGCCCACAACCUGCCGAAAUGUACAACGAGAAAGAGGAACAGGUCGUUAUACCACCCACUGCACCCAAAUAUGCUAGCGACGAGGAGGGCAACUUUGUUGUACGUCGCACGGUUUCUUCCGACUCCACUCACCGAGGCAAACUGAGCAGCGACGAAGACGAAUCAACUAAUCGCAACGUUGGAACUCCCCUCGGUAGCAACAACAACAAAAAAGAUCCUGGUCCGGUCAAACGACGCAGUUUAACCGUGUUGAACAGCACACCACGCAACAUCAAUCGCUCGGAUUCGUUCCAUUCGACCCGCUCGGAUUAUAUCCAAUCGUUGAAUAGCGUUAACGGGCUGAAGCUGACACCUCGCAGUACGUCGUACAUUUCGUUGAUCGGGGCACAGAAGUUCGAGAAUCGGUUCUCACAACCAAGCCAGCGGCGUAAGUCGACCAGCGAAAUGAGCAUCUGUGAUUCGCCUUCGCUUCAAAGUCUGGAAGUAAUCAAAAACAUUCUCAAUACGUCGAGAAGCAAUCUGGCUGGCGAAACUUUGCACUCUGUUCAAGAGAAGGAAAUUUUACCGAUGUCGGCAAUCAAACGGAACAGUUUUACCGAUAUCUCCACAUUGGUGCAGUAUAAAAGCGAGGUUCUCCGAGGUAACGGCAUUGUCCGACGGGAAAGCAUGAUAGAACGGAAAAUUGAGCAACUAGAGGAGGAAAAGCAGGUGGUUGAAGAAGAAGAGGAAUUAAAGCCGACAGUCAAGCUGGUGCCGGAGAAAAAGGUUGAAAUUGAGCAACCGGUGUGUCCUAAAACUAUCGACAACGACGAAAUUGUAGUCGACGUGUCCAACGAGUCCAAAAGCGAUGAUGAGAAGUUACAAACCAAGCAACUGUCGGCCGCUGCAAACAAGCCACAACCGCAAACCUCCGUGGUAAAUAUUACCACCACCAGUACGACCGUUGCUAGCAGUGGUGUUAGUGUGACGGUUAAUGCUCAAAGUAAUGGAAUCAGCGAGCAGAAGUGGGAAUACAAGGGCCCUCCAACCAUUAACUUUACCACCUGGAGCGAACGGCCAAAAAUAGAUGUUUCGAUUAAAUCCGAUCGUGAUUACCGAUUCGGAGGAAGCUCGACCCUACCGAGAGGGUACAGAAAUGUAAAUAAUACUACCAAAAUUAGCGUCAAUACAACCCCAGCGCCAUCAGCGGAGAAACAGAACGGAGUCGACUGCCCAGUUCCCCAUGAACAAGUGCCAUUGAAAAGCGGCGAUUCUGCACUCUCGCAAGAAGCAACUCAAAUUGAAACGGUUUCCGCGCAUUCCGAUAAAGAGCGUCUUCCGAUUGUUCGCGCCGUUGAGUACAAGAAAAAUGUUGUACCACCCCCCGUUGCACAGAAACCGAUCGAUAAACCGUUCUUCUAUGAGACAUUUUCUCGUAGCCAAUCGGCAGUAAUGCCCAAUGGUACCGCCACCAUUAACCGACUUACUCAUGGUCACAACAAAUUUCAACCGGUUGUGCGUGGUUUCAAAUCGAUUGACGAAAAAGAACCACCUGUGGCAUCGAAGGCCCGUCCGGGUUCUAUGAUUGAAUCGACUAAUUUUUCCACCGCCAUUCUAAAAAGCACUCCAGUCCGAAAGGAAAAACCAGCGCAACCAACAGCACCCGCUUUGCCUUUCGGACAGAACACGCUUCGCCGAACCGGUCUAAAGGACAAAAUUCUGGCCCAAGCAGCCCCCGAACCCGUUAAGCAAUCACCUACAAUCACGCCCGCACCUGUAUCCACACCACCUGCAACGGAUGGUACGGUUCCGAGCGUAGCUGCUGCACCACCACCUCCACCGGUGACGGCAAAACUUACAACUCCAGUGGUUCGCGGAGCAAUCGUUAAAAAACAACUCCCGCCACCCGAGGCGGAUCCGCGAUCGGCCUUGCUGGACGCCAUUCGGUGCUUCAACAGAGAAAAGCUACGCAGUAAGGACCCUAGCGCUGGUGAAGAAGCACCUUCGCAGUAAGCCCUAACCUAACUUAAUAAUGUAUCCUAAUGUUUAUUAUCUAACUUUCUUUCCCAUUCACUCUACGACUACCCAAGGCGGAAGCUGGAUAGUAGAUUGAAUCGUUAUUAACUUAUUACUUUGUUGUUCCCCCUGUUUUAAAUUUUCUUCUCUGUAUUGGCACAGCAAACUUUUCCCCUGAAGCGUUUUCAUUUUAAAUAGCACGCUUCAACAUGUAAUAAAGCAUAUACAUAAAUUUUAAACAUCGGUAAAUUUGUCUUAAAACGAGGUCAAUUCCACGUAAUUUGUUAUUUGAAUACGGGACCAAAGGUAAAAGGUGUUUUUGUAGCCAUUUCCCCCGGGCGGGUUGCCGAAAGGGGCGACUCUGUAGGUAAUCCACACGAGCACAACUAUGAGAUAAUAUAAUAGUAACUGUUGCCUGACACCAAGCCUCCCAGCAUCUGUGUGACAGAUUUGAACAGGCAACACUAAUAAAAUAUCAAUUAAACAAGAAAAUAAACACCUGCAGAUUUAUGCUGCCUAGACUAAUACAGCAAAACGAUAAUGAAUUCAAUCACUCGGGUAUUAAUCAUUAAUAAUUAGUUUUUUUUUUGUUGAUUUUAUCCUUACCCUUCAGCGAAUGUUUUUCUUUUGAUCCAAGAAAACUUACGCUCACAACCACAGUUUUUACACAAACACACACACACGUGAAAUGGAAAGAAAGAAUUAUCAUCAGUCAGUCAUUAAUUGCUAGGUGUACUAUUGAAACGUAGUUCUAGUAGGUUUCCUUAGGAUGUAAACGGCAAGUUAUCACAGCUAGAGCACUAGGAAGAAUCGAUAUAAAACGAUGAUAAACUUCUAACGGGAUAUCCAGGAUGUACAUUUUCGAUUAAAACAUACUUUUUGAAAUAAACUGAUAUUAUUACUAAUGGAA